UUAACUUGCUUGCUAUAGUCAGGACUAUAUUCAGUGUUUCCCCACAGAAUCAUGAGAGAGUGUGUUGUAUCAGAAAGGGACAUGGCGUGUACAGACUGUAUGAAGGUAUCGGAUUUCUCUACUGAUACAAAAGGAAUCAAGAAAAGAAACUGGAGGACAAGGAUACGCUAUCUUUUGAAGAUCACCUCUUCUUUUUCUUCUUCAAAAUGCAUGGCAGGAAGAUCUUACAGGCCAACAGUGGAGGAUGUCAACCAAUGGGCACAGUCACUUGACAAACUCCUGAGUCACAAAUAUGGAAAGGCAGCGUUUCAGAUAUUCCUGAAGUCAGAGUUCUGUGAUGAGAACAUAGAGUUCUGGACGGCAUGUGAGGAGUUCAGGACCAUGACGUCUCUAGGGAAACUGUCGUCGAGGGCCAGAACCAUCUAUGAAGAGUUCAUCCAGUGUGAUGCUCCUAAAGAGAUCAACCUGGACUACCAGACGAAGGAUGCUAUCACCCAGAGCCUGCGUCUGCCCAGCCUGACGUGUUUCCUGUCGGCCCAGAAGAAGGUGUUUAACCUGAUGGAGAACAACUCGUACCCUCGCUUCAUCCACUCUGAGCUGUACAAGGAACUGUGUGCCGUCGCCAGGGGAGAGGGGAAAUAUCUCAGGUUUUAAGAUUACUACUCGCAAGGAUUGACUAUGUAGUCAAGGAUUACAUGAAGUUACAUGGAAUGUAAAACCAUUUUACAUUUGAGCCAUGUGGCCAUUGGCAAUGCUGUAGCGCACUAUUUAUAAACAGUACUAUAGUGUAGGAAGUACAGCGAAUAACUAGCUGUAAAUGGCUUAGCCUUUACACUUGAAAAAUGUUCAUUCAACUGUGCAUCCUUGGUUUUGCAGAGUCAGCCAAAACAACACCAGGACCUUUGUGCACAUGAUUAUGCAGAUCAGAUGUAAAGUUGUUUUGUUGUUGGCUCAAAAUGGAAUUGCUUAUCCAGUUGUGUUUGAAUGCACUUUAGUCAGUUUCACCAAACACCAGUACCGGUAAAUAACUGGCUACUAACUAUUUGCAACUGAUUGUAUACGAUGUGCGCAAGUACUUUCUGGGACCAGUCAUAUAGGUUUACAUUGGCAACUGUUUCGCUGGAGAGGUGAAUGGAGGUGAAUGUUUUGCAUUGCAUAGAGGUGUUUGCACUAAACAUUGUAGCGGAAAUGGUUUUAACCAUUCCAAUGAGUUCAGUUCAUCGUGGGUGCAGCUGGACUGCAACACUAUUGUUUUUCCUUAUUUAUCGUUUGUUAAAUACAUACAUGUCAAAUAAAAUCAUGUUGAAUUCAGAAACAA